AGAGGCCUACCGUUUUUUUUCAGCGUGGCAAGAAAUUUAUGGACUUGUACAUGAUGAAUUGUGAAUUAUUAGCAACAUGCAGUGCCUUGGGGUACCUAGAGGAAGAUACCUACCAUAAAGAACCUGAUUGCCUUGAAAGUGUGAAAGAUUUAAUCCGUUACCUGCGCCAUGAGGAUGAGACCAGAGAUAUCCGACAACAGCUGGGAGCAGCUCAAAUCUUGCAGAAUGAUCUCGUGCCUUUAGUCAUUCAGCAUCACAGUGACAAACAGCUCUUCGAUGCUGUUAUUAGGUUGAUGGUAAAUCUUACUCAGCCAGCUCUUCUGUGUUUUGGGAAAGUUCCUCAGGAUCCCACCUUCCGCCAUUAUUAUUUGCAGGUGGUGUCCUAUUUGCAGGCAUAUAAAGAGGCAUUUGCAAAUGAGAGACUCUUUGUAGUGUUGAGUGAAAAGCUCUAUGAUUUGCUGCAGAUGGACUGGGAGCAGCGUGAAGAAGAACAUAACUUAUUAAUUGAAAGGGUUCUUCUUCUGGUGCGCAAUAUCCUUCAUGUGCCUCCUGACCCAGAUGAAGAAAAGGGUGUUGAUGAUGAUGCCAGCGUUCAUGAUAGAGUGCUGUGGGCAAUCCACAUGAGUGGAAUGGAUGACCUUGUGAAGUUUUUGGCUAGCUCUGAAACUGAGCAGCAAUGGAGUAUGCAUGUGCUGGAAACUGUGUCACUCAUGUUCAGAGAUCAGAAUGCAGAACACUUGUCAUCAACUGGCCAGGCUCGCUCCUCUGCAGAAAGAGUGACAGAAAUGAAAGAACUGGAGAUCCUCCGUCAGAGGGAAAUGGCAGAGAAAAAGAACAGAGUCUUUCAGCGUGGCACACGGCAUUCCCGAUUUGGUGGCUCCUAUAUUAUUCAGGGUUUGAAGUCAAUUGGGGAUAAAGAUAUAAUAUAUCACAAAGGGCUUCAUAAUUAUAAAAAUUAUACUCACGAUCUUGGGAAAGAACUGAAAAGGGUCCCCAAAAGAAAGCUGCAAGCCAAGGACACAGAGCUCCGUCACCGUUCUGCCCUCAAUGUGCGUCUCUUCCUCAAGGAGUUUUGCAACGACUUCCUGGAAAACUGUUAUAACAGACUUAUGUACAUUGUGAAGGAUCACCUAAUUCGGGAGAAGGCUCAGCAGCACGAUGAGACAUAUUACUUGUGGUCUAUGGCUUUCUUUAUGGCCUUCAAUAGACUCUUCCGUUUUCGACCAGAGCUUGUGUCUGAAACAGUUAGCGUAAGAACAUUCCAUUUCAUUGAGCAAAACCUCACCAACUACUAUGAGAUGAUGCUGGCAGAUAAAAAAGAGGCUACCUCCUGGGCACGCAGAAUGCAUCUUGCCUUAAAAGCUUAUCAAGAACUUCUCACUACCAUCAAUGAAAUGGAUCAUUCUAAGGAUGAAUCUGUGCGAGAAAGCAGCAAAGUUAUUAAAAAUAAUAUAUUCUAUGUGAUGGAAUAUCGAGAGCUAUUUCUUGCACUGUUUAGAAAAUUUGAUGAAACAAAACAGCCACAUUCAUUCCUAAAAGAUUUGGUAGAAACAACCCAUUUGUUCUUGAAGAUGUUGGAAAGGUUUUGCAAAGGAAAAAGAUCCAUAAUGGUCCAGAACCAUAAAGUGAAAAGAAAGAAAAAGAAGAAACUCAACAGGAGUGCAGAGCAACAAAAAAGUCCAGAAGAGCUGGAGGAACUCUGGAAGACACUAUCUGAAAGGUUAAGCAGUUGUGCUACGGGUGCAGAAAGUCUGCCAGAUGAAGUUGUGCCCUUUGAUGCAGCUUCUGAAAUACCUGUUGAAGAGCAAAGAAGCGAAGCUUUGGUGCGUAUACAGAAUGGCCUUAUAAGUGGGCAGGCUGCAGAGUCCCUUGUUCUACUCCGUUCUGCCAGGGAAGUCUGGCCAGAGGGAGAUGUGUUUGGAUCUUCUGAAUCAGGACCAGAGGAAGAAGUUGAACUUCUGAAACAAAUUUUCUUUGCUGAUCUUCCUAGAUCAUCUCAGGUUGAAGAGGAGGAGGAGGAAGAGGAGGAGGUUGAGGAGGAAAUAGAAGAGGAGCUCACCUCAGUGCAAGUGUCCGAGAAAGAAUUUAACUUCUUGGACUAUAUGAAAAGAUUUGCCAACUGUAGUGUGGUGAAGACCUAUGUUUUGCUGCUGAAAACCUAUGUGCAGAACAACUCUCAUACCAACCACUGUGUGGUGAAGAUGUUGCACCGUAUCGCUUAUGACUUGAAAAUGGAAGCACUGCUCUUUCAGCUCUCUGUUUUCUGUGUUUUUAAUCGUAUUCUCAAUGACCCUGUAGCUAGUGCCUACAAGGAACUGGUAUCAUUUUCUAAAUAUAUUCUCAAUAAAUUCUUUGUACUUGCUGCUACAAACAAAAAGGCCUAUGUGGAGCUCCUUUUUUGGAAAAAUACCACUGUAAUUCGAGAGAUGACAGAGGGUUACCGCAAGCCUGGUGAAGAAGAGAGUAAUGACGCUCGCAAGCGUAUAAAAUGGACACCAGCAGAAGAGGAGGAACUUCGAUCCUUAUACUUCCAGUAUAAUGAGGUUGAAGGUGCUGAUGUUGUGGACAGUAUCUUGGCAAACUUGAAGCCUGGAUCCCGCUCUCGGAAACAAAUUAUUAACCAUCUUGUGCAAAUGGGACUUGCUGACAGUGCAAAGGAUUUCAAAAAAGAAGUUAAGGGAACUCGAAUUGUGCUCUGGACAGAAGAUCAGGAGAUGGAACUUCAGAGACUUUUUGAGGAGUUUCAGGAAACAGAUGAUCCUCUGGGGAAUAUCAUGAAGCAUAUUACAGCAAAACGUUCCAAAGCUAGAAUUAUAGAAAAACUAAUAAGCAUGGGCCUUGUGUCUGACCGGAAAGAACUUUAUAAGAAGAGGAAGAGGAAAGGAAAAUCAUCUGGCAUAUCUGAAGAAGAAUUUCUACAUGAUCUUGGAGUAGAUGAAAAAGAUGUUGACACUGAAGAGGAAGAGGAUUAUGAAGAAGAGGAGGAGAGCGAAGAAGAAGAGGAGCAGGAAGAGGGCAAACCACAGCACAUAACAAAAGACAUAUCACGCAGAAAGAGUGGAUCGUUUGUGAAUCAGAAGAUACAAAAUAUUGUCCGGAAUUUACAUGAGGAAGGCUUAUCCGGACCAUUGGUGUGGCUUCAGAACUGUCUCAACCGGACGGCAGAUGACAAAGAGGAGGACGGUUCCUCUCAGUCAGUUCCUCUUGUACCAUUGACUGAAGACAAUGAGGAUGCCAUGGAAAACAAAACAUUCCAAAAGCUGUUAAAAAUGGUCGGAAUCCGUCCACCUGCCAAUGAGCAGGAAUCGUUCUGGCGCAUUGCAGGAAAGUUAAGCGCUGACAAGCUUCGGGAGGCAGCCAGUUCCCUUGUCCUGUCAUCUCCAGAAGAGCAGCCCAUUGAGGCUCACACAGACUCUGAGGACCAGAGUGCUAAUCUAGAGCAGAGAGCUGAGGCGUUGCGUGCUCUCUUACUUGCCAGAAAGAAGAAAACUGCAUUUGCACCUUCGGGUAAGAGAUCUGUCAAACUAAAGUAUAAAACAGAGCAGACAUCACACAGCGCAUCUGCGGAGCCUGAAAAAUCAAGUAAAAGGGUAAAGACUAAAAAGAAGAGCCGGCUAGUGGACAGUGAAGAUGAAGAGCAACCAGAAAUAGAUGAUGCUGCUCAAGAAUCUGAAGGUAUUCCUACUAAUGAAACCUCUGCAGCUGACACACAGGAUGACAGACCAAAGGUAGCUGCCAAAAGAAGCCGACUGUUAGACAGUGAUGAUGAGGAGCCAGGAACUGAACACAAAGGGGAAGAUUCCACUGGGAUAACAAAACCAGCCUCUGAUUCAGAACCAGAGGAUGAUGUUCAACCAAGGAAGAAAAAACGGCUACGAAUUGAUGAUGACGAUGACGAUUAAAUUCAGCAAUAACUCGAGGAGCACAUGCCAUAUCUGUACAAGAUUUCAUUUCUUAUUGGUGGAAUAAUAUUACACGGAUUGCAUGGACUUA